GCCCGACACGACACGCUCCACUCGGCGUUGGUCCGUCAGCCGCGCCAGGAGCUGAGCGAUUGCGACGCCAACGCACAAAAACUGUUCCAAGACACGCUGGUGGGCCUUCUCAAGGACCGGCCAAGGGUCAGGUUGACGUCUCCCCUACAGGGGUGGCAAGGCUCAGCAGCAUGCGUUUGCAGCAGAAUUCUUCGCACACUCCUCUUCGACUUUUCCUUCUCCUUUUCAUGUCAGCCUUCGCACGGCAUCGGCAUCAUCGUCCAUCUCACAUUGCAGCUCCUCAGGCUGGAGCCUUUGAAGGAAUAAACAGCGUGUCAUUUGGAUUGAUUACCGCCCGACGAGAGAAGCCCACUCCCCAAACGUGGCUUUCUGAUUGCUUGCUUCGCCGCCAUAUUUUCGAUGCUCAAGUGCCUGCCUGUUGACCGGGGCUCGUUCAGCCCUCCCAUUCCACCCACCUAUAUCGACCUCCCUUAUCCAUUGUCUAGCAGUAUAUACACCAGCCGGCCGGCCCGUGGCCGCUAGACGAGAUAACCCUGAUGGUGUACCAGGUCCCCAAGCUCCAGGUCGAGGACGAUGUGUUUCCACCGCCUCCAGACUGGAAGCCUCGCAGGCCCCCGCCACAAACUGUGACGUUCCACGACAAAUAUGCCAUCGAGUUCGAUUUUAGCAAAAUAGAUGAGGACCAAGCUCUCAAAGAGCUCAAGGAGCUGCUCGACGACCUCGAAGGCAUCGGCCUGCAUACCGAACUCCGAGCCGGCCACGGCCAGAGCAUCCUAGUCUUCGUCAAAGCCCCGAGAGAGCUCCUUGGACAUGCCGUCUACAAGAGCAGGGUGAAGGACUGGCUCUAUGGAGUCUCGUCUGAACAGCCCCAGGUUGGGGGCAAGCACAAGAUUGUCGACGGAGCCUUCGAGGCCGAGGACUUGCUGUCAAUGUACCACCUCGUACACUGGGACAAGAAGCUGGGCGGCGCCGGCAUAACCCCCGGGACGGGUAAGUGGGAAAACGUCAAGUCCAUCUUCCCGCUGCACAACGAGAAGGUCAACCAGGAGCUGCUGGUGCACCUGAGCAAGCACGUGCUCCUGCGGAACGAGGACCUGGACAAGAUCCGGAACCUGUUCGGGCCCAAGGUCGCCAUGUAUUUUGCCUUCCUGCAGACCUACAUCGCCUUCCUCUUCUUCCCCGCCAUCGCCGGCUUUUUCGCAUGGAUGUUCUUGCCCAAGUAUUCGCUGGGAUACGCCCUGGUCAUCGAACUCUGGUGUAUCGUCUUUCUGGAGUACUGGAAGCUGCAGGAGGUCGACCUCGGCAUCCGCUGGAACGUCAAGGGUGUCGCUACCCUCAAGGUCAAUCGCCUUGGCUUCAAGCCUGACAGAGUCACCAAGGAUGAGCACGGCAUGGUGCAGUACCAUUACUCGCGGUGGAAACAGGUGAUAUGGCAGACACCACAAAUACCCUUCUUCGUCGGGGCGCUGGCCUGCCUGGGUGGCAUCAUCGCCGUCGUCUUCGCGCUCGAGAUCUUGAUAUCAGAGGCAUACGAAGGCCCGUACAAGUAUUAUCUCGAAUACUUCCCGACUGUACUUCUUGCCGUUGCCCUCCCGUACGCGUCCUCGUUCCUUGAGGAGGCCACUACCAUCCUCACGGACUGGGAGAACCAUAGGACGAGUGACACGUACGAGAUGUACAAGACGCAGAAGCUCUUUGUGCUCAACUUUAUCGUCAGCUACACGCCCAUUUUCCUCACGGCGUUUGUGUACGUGCCGUUUGGGGAUGCUAUCGUGCCCUACCUCAAGACGUGGAUCCACCGUUUCGUGUCGUCCAAGCAUAUGACCUCGUCCUUCCACUCGGACCCAGACAAGCUCCGAAACGAGGUGAUUGCGCUCACGGUGACGGGCCAGAUAUCCAGCGCGGGCGAGGAGCUCGUACUGCCGUAUAUCAUGCACAAGCUGCGUAGUUGGUACCGGGAGUGGCGGUCGGCACGGCUCAACAGGGCCAAGACGGUCGACUUCAAGAUACUCAUGGCCGAUGACCCAGCUGAGGAGGAGUUUCUGCGGAGCGCACGCAACGAGUCUACACUCGAGGAGUACAAUGUUCAGGACGACUACCUCGAGAUGGUGCUGCAGUUUGGCCACCUGGCCCUUUUUUCGCCUGUCUGGCCGCUCGUGCCGAUCGGCUUCCUCGUCAACAACUGGUUCGAGCUCCGGUCCGACUUCAUCAAGAUCUGCCACGGUAGCCAGCGGCCAGCGCCCGUGCGGGCCGACUCCAUCGGCCCCUGGAUCGCCAGCCUCGAGUUCCUCACGUGGCUGGGGAGCAUCUCGACGGCGGCCAUCGUGCACAUGUUUGGCGGGCCCACGAUCGGCCUCGGGAUCCUCCCCGGCGGCGGCGAGUGGUGGGCGCUGCCGAUGACGGUGUUCAUCAGCGAGCACGUGUACCUGCUGGUGCGCACGACGGUGCGGUCGGUGCUGGACAGCAUCGGAUCGGAGCAGACGCGCAAGCUGCGCCAGGAGCGGUACAUCAUGCGCAAGCGCGUCCUGGACGAGCUCGAGGCCAGCAACAACGCGGCGGCCGGGCUCGACAUCAAGGAGCGCGAACGCCGCAAGUCGGUCCUGGUCACGGGCGCCGACGUCUUCUGGACCAAGCAGGUCGAGGACGGCGUCAGCUUCACCGUCGGCCGCGAGCUAGUCCAGGCGCUCAAGAACGACGAGCACGACUGCGGCUCGCCGGCCCGGGGGAGGAAGGAGGACUAGCCGGCUCGUGGGCCAUGGGCGGGUAGGAGGGAGGUUAGCUCUCGUCGUGGUACCAGCUGACCGCGUGAGGAACGGGCGGGAUUUCGAAAUUUGGGCGUCUUCGGAUUUAGGUAUGUCUUUCUCCCGUUUCCAUUUUAAUGACUCUGCCAAGUAUUGCGCAACCGCCGUCGCACAAACUAUGCUUCGAUUCUUGUUUGUCUGCAGGCGGAAGUUCUAUGACCACAUUUCGGUUACGCUGAAUUUAAAUCAACAUUAUUUUCUUUGCUUUUCCUUCCACAACUUUACCGCCUUUGAGACCAACCUCAGCAAGGUGCGUCUCCGAACCCUCACAUCACGCAGCUGGGCUAAAAGAGCAGAGAGUGGCUGGCGACUGUCGCGGCGACCAAUAUAUCUUCUCGUUGAGGAUGCUCUUUCGAUGACUCUGUGCACGAGGCAUUUCCUUGAUGGCAAUAUGCCGUAGCCGUAGGCUUCUGCCUGCCAUGUUUAUGGAGCAAGUCCGCGACAGUGGAUGCGUCCAUGUUUAUUGGGGAAAAAUUGGAAUAGACGCCACGAUUGACGCAUUCUGGUGCAUGCGCUGGAUCGCGUGGCUGGACAGAAAGAAGGACUGACUGGAACAGCGAAUAGAUAUGCCCAGGCGUGCUGGCACAAGUGAGCUCGCCGGCCCCCUUGGCGAGCGGUAAAUGUUUGGAUUGCGUGGCACGUAGGAAAAGGCACCCAACAACUAACAACGGAUACACCAAAAAGUAACAUAAAAUCCGAAACGAAAGUGUCAUCUUGUCGGAUCGAUAUUCCGGCGCAUGCAAUAGGGAAAGAUUUACUUGUUUUGGGCCAAAAGAUGGACUUAAUUGCAAGGCUUGGACCUUUGGCUUGGGCCCGUGGCGUGGCCCGUGGCUUGUGCUUGUGGCUUGGCCCCAGGGCCAAGCCCGAGGGCACGGCCCCCAACCCUUGUAUAUAAACCCUACCUCUGGCGCCCUUUCGGAGCCAGAGGUUCUUCCUCCUUAUGCUCAACACAAGAAUGCACAAUAUAGGACUUUUCCCCAGAUCACAGAAGAUCGUUGUUCAUCACCUUUGGAGAUUUCCGAGCCGUCUAA